UUUUUGCACUAUGAAGCAGAAAUUGACCAUGCUGUUCAGCAUGUAACAAAGAACAUAUUAUUUUAGUGGCUUUACAAUAUUUAACGCUCCCAAAUGUUUUGCAAUCUGUCCAAGUGUUUCUUUUUUGGAAUUAUUAUUAGCCUUGUGGAUACUUCUGAUGGACAAGUACAUCCGAAUCCAUUUAUUUAGACAAACAACCUGAAUUGGGGAAUGGGAAAAGACGAAAAGAAAGUUUUAACCAAAUAUUACCGAUUUAAUGGUAUGAUAUCAGUGCAGCGAUUUAUUUCAGAGGAUUUCGUCACAAUUCAUAAAAGAGAGGAUGCCGCCACCAUCCAUACAGAAGAUAGAAUUACAAACAGUAUUUCAAAAAAUAAUGUCAACAUUCGAAUAACCGAUGAACACGUCACAACACCUCCAUUAACAGAUACUGACGUACCUACACACAAACCUGAGGCCGACGUCUCGAUCAUUAAUGCUGAGGAUAUCGCCACAGCCAAUAUAACGGUAGAUGGCAUCACAAACCCUUUUACAGAGGCAGACGAAACAACCCCUGAAAUAGAGGGUAACAUCAAAAUCCCUGUCUUCAUAGCAGAUGACAUCACAACUCUUCUCGCAGAGUUUGAUGCCCCAACUAGUACUACAAAGGAUGACAUCAUAAACCGUAUAACACAAGGUUACGUCACAGCCCCUAAAGUAGAGGAUAACGUCAAAAAUCCUUUUUCAACAGAGAAUACUGUCACAAUUGCAGAGGAUGACGUCACAAUAAGUAUAACAGAGGAAGAUGUCACAACACUUAGUACUGAAGAUGACGUCAAAAACCAUAUUGCAGAGGACGACGUCGCGGACCAGAACAUCGUGGAACUGCUGUUUUGUGCAGAUGCCUCCGUCUAUCGACAUUUCCUGGCCAUGAAAGGCAACGAUUCGGCAGCUGUGGUCGCCAUCCAUGACUAUACAAGGGCCCUGGCUAAUGAGAUUGACGUCGCAUUUGGAAUAGUUAGCCAGGUCGAUCCUACGUUCAACUUGUCCAUUUUCCUGGUUGAUACCAUCAUCGCUAAGAGUGAUAAAGACGCGUCAUGGUCGAGGGACAGCCAGGCGACAGUCAAUAACGUGACCUACAUAGACAAUAAACGGAAACCCCUGGAUUUAUUUUUGGAAUGGCGUCUCGUCAACUUCUGGCUUUUCCGACUUCUACCGCCGCACGAUCAUGCCAUGGCUAUCACAAUGUUACCGAUGAUUAAUAUUCCUGAUCCCAAUGUUAAUCCGGAAACCCCUACAGUGGAAGGUGUUGCGUACUUUGGCCGGAUGUGUACAUGGAAGCAAAUCUCGUUAGUGCGCCUAAACUCCGGACACUUCAGUAUAACGGCCGCGCACGAGAUUGCGCACAACCUGGGCGCCAAUCAUGACUCCGAGGUCAACUGCACCCACUCGGAUUUCAAUAUGAUGGCCGGUACCCGACGGACCCUUGUAAGCGCCGACCUCGCAUCGCAGCAAUGGCGCUUCUCAAACUGCAGCGUCUCUGAUAUGAAGCAGUUCGUGAGUAGCUUAAAGAACAAAUGCUUACGGAAUCACAACUUUAGAGCAUCUGAGUACCGAAAGAGGCUUCAGGGGCCGCUUCCGGGGGAAGUUAUCUCGCUGGACGACCAGUGUCGGAUAAAGAAAGGAGUUAACUCGUACUCUUGUCAGACGAGGCUACAUUCAUCGGCCUGCCACCACGGGUUCCACUGCAGCGGGGAGAAGGGCUGCAACCUGACGAUAUACGACUACCUGUUUGGCUCCUUGUUCGUCUAUCCGUUCACUGGGACCCCGUGUUCAAGGGAUCCGAAUAUGUGGUGUUUUAAGGGUCAAUGCGUUAUGAAGCCAUUUACUGAUGUCACCAAUGUGUUGCUUUCAACUGGCGUCAUCUCUGAAGAGGACGACGACGAUGAAACUCUCACCUUCGUUGACGUCAUUCGCGUAUAUCUGACAAAUGAAGUCGGUCAUAGCGGUACUACGAAUGUAAUAAUUGGUACUACGGGUUCUUCGGGUGUUUAUACUGGUACUUCGGCUAUAAUGAGCGAAGCGUCGUCAGUGUCCGCAUCGCAAAAUAAAGCCACCACGGUGACGAAAACAAAGUCAACACAGACUCCAACAGUAACUGAAAGCAUACAAUCGUUGUCAACAGACGAAACGUCCUUCGCAACACUCUACAAUCCCGUAGAGACCCAAACGCACGCAUCAACAUCUCGAGUUUCCUUAAGACCGUCAACUUCAUAUUUUGAACUAGUAUCGCCAUAAAAACCAUCAAGAGCCAUUGAUACUUCUUCAUUAUCGGGCCAGGAAUCUAUCAGGUCGUCAACAUAAUUAUAAUACCAUAUAAGAUUCAACCAAAACGAUCCAUACAUUAGAUUGGUAUGGUCCAAUAUCUUCUACAACAGCAAUAAAGUCUACCAAAGGUUUACCAAAAGAUAAAAAAUAUUUGAGUUAACCAUGUCAUCUAAAUUGCGAUGUUGGCCGCGUAAUCAUGUGAACGUCAUGAUUAACCAUGUUGUUAACCAUGUUAACAACUUCAUGAACAGCUAAGGAAUCAACGAUAACGAUAAAUAGAGCAUUCGCGUAUUUAAAUACCUAAUGAAAUAGGUUGUCAAAAUGGAACAUAACGACGUCAACGUCAGCCAUGGUUAAAUUUAAAAAUAUCUUCGGCCAAGAUAACUACAGAACAGAAAGCGAAAGUAACUUCAUCAAAUAAAAUAAGGUUAAACAGGGUACCACUUAAAAACUUUACUGCAUCAUUUUUGUGUUAUCCAAAGAUAUAAUAACUAGAAACAGUAUACAUGUUACAGUAAACGGAAGAGCGUACGGUGCUGACAGAAGAAAUUACGAUGUGCAAGUCAACUCAUGAGUAUAUAUGUCAUUGAAAUCGGACAUGACAAUACUGCGAUAUCCAAUAUUAUCAAUAUAGAUGUUAAAACUUAUAUGUUUUGUAUUCCCUUUUUUUUCUACAUUGUAUUAAAAAAUAUUAUUCUGUUAAAUUAUG